ACAUAAUCUGAAUUCCAGAAGAAUGAGAUUGCUUUACUUCAUAUUAAUAUCAGGUUUUCUUCGCGUAACCUGCAGUAAACCAAACAAUUUCAGGUCAUCAAUUAAUCAGGUGUUGAAAUCUCUGCAGGAAAAUGAGACUCCUGUCCUAGUUCAAAAGAAAGAUAGACUUAGACCAAAGAUAAUUACUAAAUUUGAUUUCCAGAGGAUGGAUAGAUCAUCGGGAAUGAAGACUCCGGCUCCAAUAAUGGUUUCUACAGGACUAACUGUUACUCAACAAGAACGAAUACCAAAAGAGAUUGGAUUUACUGGGUUGGAGAGUGCAGUAGCCGCAGCGCCCAUCGUGCAGGGCAUUAGGGUUCCAGAUGAUCCUUCAGACAACGUAAUACAUAGGAACGGUAGGUUUAUCAACAAUGUAUUUGUUCCUGACAAUGUUGAACCUGAACUACCUUCGGAGUUUACGGUUUCUUCACAAGAAGUUGAAAACAAAAGACAACUGCUAAGAUCCGGUCGGUCUUACUGGUCUGACAACGACAAUGAACAGGUUGACUACAAUCAAAGAGAGGAGAGAAAGCUGCCUUUCAACUUUAACUUUGAAAAUUUCUAUGCUGGCAGAAAACAAGACAUGCUCGAUGCAACCGCACUUGAGAGUAGGACGAAUGAAGUAUACUUGAAGCCUGAUGAUCCCACAAACCUUUAUUAUGCUGAGGAUCGGCUCGACACUCUUCAUUCAGAUAGAUCUGCAUAUACAUUUGAGCCUGCGGAUACACAGUCCGGGUUUUCAAUUCUUCCGUCUUCCAUUCUCCCAAAUUCAGAUUUUGAAAUAAAGGAGCAAAGCUAUCAGAUGUGUCCAGGAUGUCCAACUUUUAAUAUUCCUGUUCCUGUCCCAAAAUCAUCAUUUUAUCCAACCCAGGAUAGCAGUUAUGGCGUUGGAACCAAGAAAGCCGAAUCUCUUAUUGACCAGAUUACAACCAAGAUUAUUUCAACAGUAGAACCUCUAAUUGUCUCCGCAAAAUCUUGGCUGAACCCUGUAGAUAGCAACGAUAUAUCCGGGACAGAGCAAUCUUUUAGUGACAGGCUGAGUACACUUCCAUCAGAGAAGUCUGACAUUUCACCAUUUAUGUUUGCAUCAGUAGCAGCAGUAGGACUUGGUGUAGCUACAUUAAUAUCUUCAGGACUUCAGGUGAUGUCUUUUGGCGUUGGAAGAACAUUUUCAAGUGGAAGUAAUGGAAGAAUAGAAGAGGCUUUAGAUGACGAUAUCUUCAACGAAAUUCAGGCUGAUUAUGAUCCAUCAAACGCCCUGUGUUUACCGCGACAUUUCUGUGAGAAAAUGAAAAGAAAUAAACAUAUUCUUGACGAAUUCCAGAACACUAAGAAGAUCGGAAGAUGGACAAUUGACAGAUUGUUCGACACAGACACUGUUUAUAAGAAAGGAGAAGCACCGUUCUACAAUCAGUGUAAUCUUAGAGAAUGUAUUUAUUCGCUUUUAUCAUAAUUCAUUAUAUUGAUAAAAAUACUGUUUUUAUACAGGGUUACCCGCAAAGAAUUAGAGUUUGGGACAACACUUAUUGUGACUGUUCUUUAUAUUUAUGAUUCCUUACAACUUUAAACUUGUUUCUUUUCAUGCCAAUUAAACCACCUGAGAAAGUCACAUUCUAAGAGUUUCAGGUCGUCUUUACAGUCCCAUCCUUUGUGGGUAACACUGUCUAUCCUUAUAAUAUUUACAACAAGUUGAAAAAUCAUGGAAAUAAUGAAUCUUUAAUCUAAUCGUUUACACUUAAGAAAUUUUUCUUUGGAAAAAUAGUCUUAUGGUAAAAUUUCAUUGGUAAUUAGUCACUUAAUAAGUUACUUCGGGUGGUGUCUUUGUAAAGCCUUUAACCACCGAUUGAUACUGCAUUACUAAAGCAGGAAAUUGUUUGAAAGUUAUACAAAUGUCAAAUAUUUUGUAAAAUGUAAAAUGGUGCAUGAUACUAUCGUGUUGUUUUGUUAAAUCAAAUAUCAAGGCUUUAAUAUAUUUUAUUUUGUUGUCCACCCGGUUAUUUCAUAUCUAGUCUUAUUUGUUUUUAUUUUCGUAAAUCUUAGUCAAUUGUUCAAAAUGGUAAUAUUUAAAAAUCGUUUUAGCAAUAUAUAGGAAAGCUGAAAAAAAGAGAAUGGCUUUUUUUUGCUAUUAAAGUCGAUCCACACAUCUCAGAUUCUCAAACCCGAGCUAAAAACAUUCCAGUGUUUUUCCGAGUUACAGGAUACAAAUUUGAGGCAAAUAGGUCAAGAGGCUCAUUAGUUAUAAUCGGACAUGCAAACAAACAAACACAAUAACAGAGAUUACAACUUUAUUUGUAUUCUAGCUUGGGAACCCAGCACUGUCAAAGUUACUAAAAAUUACUCCCGCCGUUUAUCCAAACUUGAACGAUUUUACGGGAAACAAAUUUUUUGCUAUUAAAGUCGUCCCAAACUUGACUUAGAAACUCAAAAUCAAGCUAAGAACGUUCCUGUUGGUCUCCCGAAUUCCCGAAUCAAAGUUUGAGGCACAUCGGACAUACCGGGAAUAUAUAUAUAUUAAAAAACAUUUUGAACAAUGACUCUGGUUUAAUCAUAUAUGUUUUUAAGUGCAAUUAGUGCAGUUUAUGCCCAUAUUUCAAAUUUUUUAUACCAACAAAUGUACUAUACAGUUUUUGCCAAGAUAAAAUUUAAUCUUUA